UAUACAAGAGGACGUUUGCUAUUUUUCUUGACGUUCAGUUUUACGGUAUUAAGCGCACGUAUAAAUAAAAGCCGAAAGCCUGGGUCACGUGUAAUUUUGGACCGCUGGAGAAACAGUAGCGAGACAAACAGUGAGAGCGCACGCAUAUCCUAAUAGGCUAUCAAAUGAACUUACCUAGAAUCCUUAUUUUUCAAACCGCGCUUACUAUCUACAACUUUAUAUGAAUUAAACAACCAUUAUGGGAAGGAUGCAAACUUAUUUCUAAAAAGGUUAAUUUGGAAUACUUGGAGGCAUACAUUUAACAAGCACCAUGACACUCAUGUGACCACUUCCUUGCUUAGUCUCAGGCCCAUCUGAGCGUCAUAAGGAAAUUACAGUGCUAAAUCUUGCAUCAGUGAGGGGAAGACUUGAGAGAGGAGGACCAGUCAGCACAAAACAAACGCAACGAAAAGGGAGUUGUGGUCAUUGACGAGGACCCACUGUCUUUCUGAGGACAAACUGUUGGCUUUUCUCUGGAGCUGAACGGGGGUUGCUUUGGACUGCCUCUCUGACCAGCCAAGAGGAUUUAAGGUGGGAUGCUCUGUGUGUGGAAAGCUCGGCCCAAGUCCCAAGCGUCAAGGUGAACCCCUGCCGAGUGAAGUCAGCGCUGCCAGGCUGCAGCAAUGUACAUUGAGGAGAGUGGUCCUGCCACCACCUCAGUGACCUUGCGGCUGCUCUCACCAUGCUGAACGAUGCCUCCUCUGUCCUCUAUGUUGUGCUGGAGCUGCUGAUAGCCGUGCUGUCUGUGCUGGGCAACGUGCUGGUCUGCUGGGCCGUGUGCCUAAACAGCAACCUGCAGACCAUCACCAACUUCUUUGUGGUGUCUCUGGCGGUGGCAGACAUCGCCGUGGGAGUGCUGGGUAUCCCCUUCGCCAUUGUCAUCAGCACUGGCUUCUGCUCCAACUUCUACGGCUGCCUGUUUAUUGCCUGUUUUGUGCUGGUGCUCACCCAGAGCUCCAUCUUUAGCCUGCUGGCCAUUGCCAUAGACCGCUACAUCGCCAUCAAGAUACCUCUCAGGUACAAUAGCUUGGUGACAGGACAGCGUGCCAAGGGGAUCAUUGCCAUCUGUUGGGUGCUGUCCAUCAUCAUUGGCCUGACCCCAAUGUUGGGCUGGAAUAAGUUCACAGAGAAUCCCAACAAUACAUGCCCUCCAGGCCUGAUGGAGUGCUUGUUUGAGUCGGUGGUGGUCAUGGACUACAUGGUCUACUUUAACUUUUUCGCUUGUGUGCUGAUGCCUCUACUGCUCAUGCUGAUCAUCUACCUCCGGAUCUUCAUGGCGGCUCGGUAUCAACUGAAGCUCAUAGAGCUGAAGGCUGCCUACGGGGGGAAGUCCCACUCCACCCUGCAGAAGGAGGUCCAGGCGGCCAAGUCGCUGGCCAUCAUCGUGGGCCUGUUCGCUGUCUGCUGGCUGCCGCUGCACAUUAUCAACUGCUUCACCCUGUUCUGCCCUAAGUGCAAUCGUCCUCCCAUCUGGGUCAUGAACGUCGCCAUCAUCCUCUCCCAUGGCAACUCGGUGGUGAACCCAUUCAUCUACGCGUACCGCAUCCGGGAGUUCCGGCAAACCUUCCGGAGGAUCAUCCGGCAGCACGUCCUGGGACACCGGGAACAGUUUGAGAGCACCGGCAGCGCCCGCAACUCCACCCGCACCAGCGUCGGAAGCUCGUUGAGGGUCAAGGCCAACGACCUCAACUUUGACCUCUACACUGAGCACAGCAGCGGCAGCAGUACCUGUGAGGCCGCAGGGGUACCCUGUCAGAGCCAUUUCACAGCUACAGGGGGCAACUGCGGGUCUGACGCCCAAAAUCCCGGGGUAAACCUCAUGCCACAUCCUCUCAGACAGACAUACAGUCAUACCCUGCACUGCGGUGACCAGCAGCAGAUACAGUCUCCAAAAGGGCUGGAAGUGAUCGAGAUAAAAGACAGGCAGGAUAUCUCGCCUGUCCAGGUCCGACCACAGUCGUGUAAACAUAAAACCUGUUUCACCGAGUUAACUGAGGCAUCCUGAUGUAUAUAGAACAGCUAUAGUAUGAUGGAUAUAGAAUGGGCACAAAGAGCUAAAGAAUCAUCAUUCCCUGGACUUUGAAUUUACUCCGGAUGCUUAAAUAUUUUGGGUCCAAUGGGAUUAUGUUUACAAUGUUUAUUCAUUUGGUACAGUAUGGUAUGAGUGUGUGUAAAGCUUACAGUAUUUUACAAAAGUGAGUACA